AUGAUUCGAUUCGCAGUUUUUAGUAUUAUUUUUUUAAUUUCAUUUACGAUUUCUUUACCAACUUGUGAUAUAUCCUUCUGGGUAAAUCUAGAGAAUUUUACUUGUACUGGAUCACCUAAUGGAAAAUUUCCUAAAGUAACAUAUAAUGGACAAUGUAUGCUAUCACCCGAUGAUCCAAUAAAAACUUCAUAUAGAGUUAUAAUCGAUGCUGAAAGAAAAAUAGUACACAAUUUUACGUGUUAUAUCGGUGAAACAUGUGAUGGCAAUGGAAUAAUAACUACAAAAGUUCCAUUAUCAUUAGAUACUUGUGGACCUUUAAUAGUCACGUCUACUCCAUCAACUGUUGUUCAAAUAGGUGGUUUAAUGUUUGGUUGUGAAGAUUAA